GGAAGUGUGGCUGAGCAGGGCUGGAUGCGGCUUCGGGAGUGGAGUGUCCAGAUUGCAGGUUUCUGUCUUGGGCAGGGGCUUGGGCAGCAGGUGAGGGUCGGAGUGCAGGCUGAAUGCAACAACUAUUUGAGCAGAACCAAGACAUGGCUACAGCGCUGCUGGCUGGAGAGAAGCUGAAGGAGCUCAUUCUGCCUGGACAGGCGGACGAGAGAGCGGGGCCACUGGCAGGGCUGCUGGUGCAGCUCAAGCUGGAGCUGCCCUUUGACCGCGUGGUCACCAUUGGAACUGUCAUUGUCCCCAUACUGCUGGUUACGUUGGUGUUCACCAGGAACUUUUCAGAGGAGUCCAUUUACUGCUACACCCCAUACAACUUCACUCGGGACCAGGCUUUGUAUGCCCGAGGCUACUGCUGGACAGAGCUGCGUGAUGCCAUGCCAGGGGUGGAACCAGCACAACACGUCUCACUAUUUGAGCACAAGUUCCUGCCCUACGCCCUCCUGGCUUUUGCAGGCAUCAUGUACAUCCCAGCACUGGGCUGGGGCUUCCUGGCCUCCACGCGUCUCACAUCAGAGCUUAGUUUCCUGCUGCAUGAGAUUGACAAUUGCUACCACCGGGCAGCUGAGGGGAGAGCGCCCAAGAUCGAGAAGCAGAUCCAGUCCAAGGGACCUCAGAUCUCGGAGCAGGAGAGGCGUGAGAUCAUUGAGAAUGCAGAGAAGGAGAAGAGUCCUGAGCAGAACCUGUUUGAGAAGUAUCUGGAGCGCCGUGGCCAGAGCAACCUGUUGGCAAAACUCUACCUGGCACGCCACCUGCUCAUCAUCUUCCUCAGUUCUAUCCCUAUCUCCUACUUGUCCUUCUACUAUGCCACUCAGAGGCAGAACGAGUUUACCUGUGCUCUGGGAGAUCCUCCAGAUAUAAGCAGCGGCCUGAGCCUCCGUGUCUCUGUCAACUGCAAACUGCCAGCUGUACGGCUGCAAAGAAUCAUUGCCGCUGUGGACAUCUCCCUUUUAAGCUUCAUGAACCUUGUUAUACUGAUUAACCUCAUUCACCUCUUCAUUGUGCGGAAGUCUAACUUUAUUUUUGACAAACUUCGCAAAGUGGGCAUCAAGACUAAAAGACGCUGGCAAAAGUCUCAGUUCUGUGACAUUAACAUCCUGGCCAUGUUCUGCAAUGAAAACCGUGACCACAUCAAGUCACUCAACCGUCUGGACUUUAUCACCAAUGAGAGUGAUCUCAUGUAUGACAAUGUGGUGCGCCAGCUGCUGGCUGCCUUGGCUCAAUCCAACCAUGAUGCCACCCCUACUAUGAGGGAUGCAGGCAUCCAGACCCUGGACCCUAGUAUGGAUCCAGCUGACAUAACAGAAGGAGAUCUUAGUUUCAUCAAAAGACCUCGGAAGAAAAUGAAAUGGAUCUCAUCAUCCAGUCCUCUGCCUCAGCCCUUCAGGGAACCUCAAGUCCUCAAGUCUGAGAAGCCCAAGCCCAUCCGCCGCAAGACUGUAGCUGAAGGUUUCAUCGCAUCUCUGCCAGAGUCGAACUCAAAGAGUGUGGCAAACACGGCAGCAGGCAAAGCAGCGGAAGUGAGUAGCAGUGAUGUUAGACCUGCCAUUGAGAAGAAACAUACAAGACAGUUUUCACUGGAUGUCCACCCCUAUGUGCUGAGUGGCCGCAAAUCCAAGUCAGAGGUGCCGGGCAGUCAGCCUACUGAGUCAACACACAACCAGGAGGACUUGUUCCAUGGCAUUGUUCAUGUCGUCAAUCCCAGUAGCGCCUCCAAGGAACCUUCAUCUAGAUGUCAUGUCUCCACAUCACCUGGCCAUGCUCAGUCACCCACCGCAGUUUGCAUCACUACCAAAACCAGCGUCCCUGUGGAAAAAAAUGUGGAACCUCUGCGAGCAAAUCCCACCCACUUAAGUGCGCACACACUUUAUGAAGAAGAUGAGCAGUCAGUUGGCAUUGAACGACCUCAAGGAAGAACUGGUGAACUAAUUGCUGCAAGCAACUUUUAAAGACAUGUACCUUUGGACACGUCAUAUAAACAUGCACGAGUGUACAAAUGGUUUGAGCUCUGGUUUCUGAUGCUCACUGCAUCACCAACACUUUUGGUUAGUCCACCCACUGAAUCACUAGUGAAUCUCUAAGGCACAUUCUGUUUCAUAUACUCACAAUGUGUGACUAACUAAAUUCUUUCUCAGCUCUGAAAUCUAAGGAGGAGUUUUCAUGUAAACCCCAGUUUACCUAUCACUGUUCUGCCAGUUCAGAAUAACUAUUGGUGUGUCUCUUAAUAACCAGUUUAGAACACGAGCUUUAUGGUUAGGCUUACAUCCCAUUGCAAGAAAGAGUCUGUGAACCCUGUGGAAUUAGCUGGACUUCUAGAUUAAUUACCCAUAUAACAUAAUCUGAUCUUCAACUAUAAUAGAAAAACACAGUCUGUUCAGACUAAUAACACAGCAAACACUUGUAAUGCUUCAUGCCAAUAUGUUUUAAAGAUCUAGAAAAAGAAUAUGAACGUUUAUGCUUGGUAUUUGGUCGUACAUCCUUUGGUAACGGUGACCUUCACCGAACAGCUCUUGAAGGUGCUUAUCAGGCCUACACAAUGCUUAAGGGAAGUUUUUGAGUUUUUCUUCUUAGACAGUUGUUUCAUUUCAUUGGAAUUUCUUGAGUGAACAGGUCUUUUCAGGCAAUGCCACAACAUCUCAAUUAGGCCGAAGUUAGAGCUCUGUUUUGGCUCUUCCAGAAUACAAAUGUUCUUCUGUUUCAGCCAUUAUGUUUUUAAUUAAGUCCUGUGUUUCGAAUCAUUGCAUUUCUGUAACACCCUAUAUCUUCUAUUAAGCUUCAGGAUACAGGCUGCUAUCCUGUCAUUCAAAUGAAAUGCUGUUUCCUUUAUAAUAAGAAGGCUAUCCAGACCUUGAUGCAUCAGAGCAGCCCCAGACCCUGAUGCUUCAUCCACCAUUUUUCAAGGUUGCGACAAGGCUUUGGUGACUGUUGUACAGUGGUUUUUCAUUCCAAACACAGCAUUGCACAUUUCUGCAAAACAAUUGAAUUUUGUCUCAUCCAUCCACAGAACAUUGUUUCAGAAGUGUUGUGAAACAUCUCUGUGACUUUUCGCAAACUUCAGGUAUGCAGCGGUGUUUCUUAGAAAGCAGUGGUUUCCUCCUUACUUCAAUGGUGUUCAAGUAUUUUUCAAGUAUGUGGCAUUUUUCUAUAGUGGACGCAUGAACAGAAACGUAGGCAGGUUCAAGUGAUUUGAUGGUACUUUUGCUGUUACCCAAUGGUCCCCUUUCAGUUCCUUUAGCAUUGCACACUACAUAAUUGCCUUGAUCUUUGCAAGAUGCCUACUCCUAGGGAGAGUGGCAACAGUCCUGAAUUGUCUCCAUGUGAAGACAAUUUUUUACAUUUAUUCAUUUCUCCGGUUCUUCAUUUAACAUCUUCUUUUGAUCAGGGAAUAGCUCCCAUGAACAGGUCAUUCUUGAGAUGAGCAGACUGUCAGUAACCAGCUCGCUGUGUCAUUUUCAUUAGUGGUGUACUUCCAACCCAUACCUUCAAUCCCACACUCCAGUUAGGCGACAUAUUCCCAGAUUUUUUCCAGCAUGGUGUGCAUAUAUUUAGCCAGUGUGUUCAGUAUUGACAAGAAGCAUACUGUGUGUGUCAAUUAUUUCAGCUUAGUUGAUGAUCAGAUCACAUCUGCAAGAGUAAGUAAUGCAGAAAUCCAGGUAAAUGCAAAAGAUCAACAAAGUUUUCUUGCAAUUGUAAUCUUUCAGUUCAGCCAGUAAUAUUCAUCGUGACCUUUAUGCCUCUCAAAAUUCAGACUGUAUACUAACGCUGUUAUCUGUUCCUAGCGAGUCCCCAUUUCACAAACUGGCUCUUAGCUGUCACCGAAUCACCUUCAAACUCUGCCUCUGUCUUAGACUGCUCUUGGCCCUUAGGGUGUUCCUGAGUCUCCGUCCAGUUUAGCCACUUCCAUGUAAUGUGUCUUUCAGUGAUUUCCAAGUUUAGUAACUGGGUAAUUCUGAGGGAUUCAGGAUAUCAGUCACUGACCUCUCAUACACCCUUUGUCACUUUAUACUGUAUUGUAUUUCAGGCACUAAAUCUAAGCCUAUUCUCCGGUGAAGUUCCUAAUUGCCAGCUGACUCCCAAUUGUGUCCUAGGAUCAUGUCCUAGUUUACUGGCUACUUUGUCUUGGAUUUACUGGCACACUCAAAAACUGAUUCUCUGCAUGUCUCUGUAAGAUUUGCCAGUUCAGACAUGACCUAUCUGAGCAUCCUUGGGUUACCUAGCAAUAACAUUUAAUCCACUCCUGAGUGAUUUUCCAUGUUUAGCACUGGUCUCCCAAAUGAAUUUCUCAUUUUAGCCUAGUCUUCCCUGUGGUUGUUUUCACUGGAUGAGACACAACUGCUACACUAUAGUGACCUCACCUGUGAGGUUAAAGGUGCUAUAUACAGUUGUUGCACCUAUUAAACAGGGGAUUGUCUUUUGAAAAUCAAGUAGUUCCUGCUGUAUGCUUUGGAAAUUUGGCAAGUUUGCCUAUCUACUCUGUAGGGUGCUUACAGACAAGCAGGUGCUUAAGUUCAGCAGUUGGCAUCCAUCUCUGAAUGGACAGUCACCUUCCAGAUGGGGAGGUUUAUGUUCAUAAAGCUAAGACUGACAUGCUUGUGGUAAAGGGAGGUAGUCAGUAAGAGAACAUCUUACCUACUAGAGUGGCAGUCAAAAGGAUACUGCAUUCUUUAGGUGACCGAGGUUAAAUCAGUGCAGUCAAGUCAUCCUCCCCAUUUUUGUAGCAUUGAUGGGGGUGCAUGGUGGGAUAGCAACAACUGUCUACCAGCCCAAAAAAAGCUUGUCUGUUGCUAAUUGCAUACCUUAUAUGAACAGUAAAAGGAGGGGACCACAUGUUAAGGGUCCUCAGAAGAAACCUUGUCAAGUAAAGAGGAAUCUGUCAUAAGCUCCUAGACAAAGCUGACCACUGGAUGGACACUCAUGUUUGUCAAUUUCGUAACUGAUUUCUACCUUGAUCAUUCUUCUGUUUUGGACUUUACAAAUGUACAAUGUAUUAUUUUAUGAGAAUGUAUAUUUUUUCAUUUUAAGAUAAAAAUAAUAUUCUGCUACUGGUACACAAUAAAGGAGGUUCAGGAAACCAAGAAUUGAUUCUGUUAA